CACUUUAUUUUUCUUUCUUUUUUUCUGAUUUACAUUUUGCUCUUAGAGGUUGUUCAUAUUUGUUUUGGGUCAUUUCACAAUGAGCGACCAUCAACCCCCUGUCCCUCAGGACAUCCAGAACGAGGGCCCGCCCGAGAAACGAGCUUGCAUGAACGAGACGCCGCCUGUCGCAUUGACGCCUGCGGACGAUGGAAGCGAUUUCUACAAUACUCCUUGGGCUACAGGGACCCCGGUGAACACUGCGGAAAACCAGCAGAGCGCUGCUCCAGCCAAAACCAGCGAACCAAUCCCGUCCACUUCUGCGCCGUUGAUCCCCGGUUUGAAUCUGGUCAACGACAGCCUCAAGGGUCUGCAGUCGACAACGAGCGAGUCGAAUACUGUCCAAAGCGCUCCUAACCCAGAGAGUGUUCCUACUACAGCAGUGCAGAAUGCCUCCCAGCCCUCUACCACGCAGAAUCAGUCUGAGACAACCGCAGAAGUGACCAAAGAAACUGCCCCCUCCAACAAUGAUGCGAUGGAAGUGGAACAGGAUGGGGAACAGCAGAACCAGAACGAGACUACGAAUCCGAAGCCCGUGGAGACCGCCGUCAACGGCGAGGGCGCAUCCGAACCAAGUGCUGCCCCCGUGGCAGGCCCUACAGAACCUGCGCAGGCCGAGGCAGAAGAGGAAGAGCACCCCGAAUGGGAAAUUGAUUCUUCUCCCUACGAGUCAUCCUCCGACAGCUCUACCGAUUCGUCCGAUGACAGCUCCGACGAAGACGAAGAUUAUCCGAUCCUCAGUCCCGAAGAACAAGCGCGCAUCCUGAUGCAGGCCGAACUCGGCUCCGACGAUGAAGGGGAUGGAAAAGGCAAAUCGGGUGGUCAUAUUCGGACGGCAAAUGAGGUGAUGGAAGAGGCUCCUCCUCUCCCCGAAGUUACCAUUACCCCGGAAAUGAAAAUCGUGCUUCUGGGUAAUGUGGAGGCCAUUGUGGAGAAUACCGUUUUGAUCUCGGCGAACACCUCCGGAGAAUACCAGGUGCUUGAGGCCGGCUCCCUACUUUGCUUCGAAGAUAGGAGCCUUGCGGGUAUGGUCUCCGAGACUCUGGGACGAGUUGAGAACCCGUUGUAUACGGUGCGAUAUCCCGACGCCGCUACCAUCGAAGCGCGCGGCCUCACCAAGGGCAAGACAAUCUAUUAUGUUGAGAGCCAAUCUACAUUCGUCUUCACCCAACCCCUCAAGGGAAUGAAGGGAAGCGAUGCGUCAAACUUCCACGACGAAGAAAUUGCCGAGGACGAGGUUGAGUUCUCCGACGACGAAGCUGAAGCCGAGUACAAGCGGAAAUUGAAGCAGAAGCGCCAGGAGAAGAAGGAGGCCAAGCAUGGCGAUGGUUCGAGAGCCAAGAGAGGACCCCCUGGUCCCUCGAAGCUCAACCAGAGCGAGCUCAACUAUGACGACAACGCCGGUGAAGAUGGCUACACCCCACUUGCCCGCCCUAAGAACCUGCACGAGAUGAUGGGUCGGCAGGAGGCUCCAGUGGAGAGUGACGACCCCCAUGCUAGAGGCGCUGGCUUCUACAGUGGUCGAGGCCGAGGUCGAGGUUCUGACCGGGGACGAGGAGGCCGUGGUCGGGGAGGACCGAGACCCCAGCAUCAAGACCGCCAGUCAUAUCACCAGCAGCAGGCCCCCGAGUCGCAGCCCCAGCCUUCUCACUUCAACCCUCAAGCCUACCAACAAAACCAGCAGCCUGCCUACAGCAUGCCUCAACAGAUGCCGGCUUACCCUGGUUUCCAGCCGCAAAUGCAGCCUCAAAUGCAGCAGCAACAGCCGCAGCAACAGGCUUUCCCUCAGGGCGUAUUGCCAUUCAACUUCCAGAUGCCAUUCCAGCAGGCCUAUCAGCAACCAAACCCGUAUCAGCAAAUCCCCCCCAACGCCCAUAUCAACCCCUUGUUCUUUGCGGCUUUGCAACAGCAGCAGCAGCAGCAACAACAACAACAGCAGUAUCAGCAGCAGCAGCAAGUCCCCGGCCAGCAGCAGAUGCAAAACCCAUCGAUGAACUUUGACCAGGUCAAAGCGCAGUUGGAUCUUCUGCGACAACUCAGUAACAACCAGGGACCGCCCCCUUCAUAAUACUGUAAUAUCAUGAUACCUUCAUCUCUCUUUUUGGGUUCUUCACAUCUUGUUCUACGGUAAGGUUCUGGAUCUUAGCCAUUAUGUGGGAUAGGUUUUGCAUUUAAGGAGCCGGGUAUUGCUUUUUGGAUGGGUUUGAUCUAAAAACAAAAGUUUACGUGUCGCUGUUUGGGUCAUCAUUUGGAUUUUAUAGAGAAUAUCAACAAGCC